AUGUAUCUGUUUUCUAAACUUAAGAGUAGUGGAGACUCUUCGCUGGAAAGAGAGUUUUCUGGGGCCUUCGGAGGCGCAACAGUGAGCACCCCGAAUAGCAAGGAGAACUCUCCAAGUCAUUCCCUCAAUGCCAACUGCAUCAAAGUGGAGCUGUACAGUGAUGAAGACUUAGGUCGCGGUCAUGAAGAUGAAAAGACAGAGCGGAUAGAGGAAGACGGUCCAGGUCAGGAAUCGGAGUGUGGUGUAGGCUACAGGGAGCUCACUAAUCCUGAAACCAUACCAACUGGAGCCACCAGACUGCCAAAUGGAAAGCUCAAGUGUGACAUUUGUGGAAUGAUCUGCAUCGGGCCUAAUGUUCUUAUGGUGCACAAACGCAGCCAUACAGGGGAGCGACCCUUUCAGUGCAAUCAGUGUGGCGCCUCCUUCACGCAAAAGGGUAACCUACUUCGUCACAUCAAGCUGCACUCGGGUGAAAAGCCUUUCAAAUGUCCCUUUUGCAGCUAUGCAUGUCGAAGACGAGACGCCCUUACUGGCCACUUACGCACUCAUGCAGUGUCUUCUCCAACUGUAGGGAAGCCUUAUAAAUGCAGUUAUUGCGGCCGUAGUUACAAGCAGCAGAGCACCCUGGAGGAGCACCGCGAGCGUUGCCAUGGCUACUUACAAAGUCUGGAAUCACAAUCACUGAAUAAUGCACAAAAUAUAGGAGAGGAGAUGAGAGAGCUAGAGUUUGUACCAGACUCUCUUCCGCAGCCCUCCUCAGACAAGAUGGCAUUUAUUGAUCGGCUCGCCAACAGCAUCACCAAACGCAAAAGAUCCACACCACAAAAAUUUGUAGGGCAAAAGCACAUCCGGCUCAACUUUGCAGAUGGACCGUACGAGCUGACAGCUGAUUUGGAUAAAAGUGAAGACCUGCAAACAGGGGACCUUGAAGCACCACACUUUACUGGCCUUGGAGAAUACACAGUGGGUGUAGCAGGUAAUAAAGGAGUGGCAUCUGACAAACUUAGGCCUCUCCACCUUCCCACCACUCAUCCUUGUUUGACAGAACUCAGGCCGAUCCACAGCUCCACUCACACUUCUGGCGCUUUAGGCCCAAGGUUGGAUUGCACAGGGACUGGGCUGGGGGCUGCAGGAGGAAGGGAAGCUGCCGAGGGUCACGAAGACCUGCCUGCUGGUCGAAGCCAUGCAGCCUCACCUAGCAAUGGUUGCCAGGACUCUACGGACACAGAAAGCAUGCCAGAUGAGCUGUGCAACAGCACUGCUCCCCUUCCAGCGUUGCACAGUAACAACGGGCAUCACCUUUUUCACUCUAAUAACCAUGUCACAAGACCUCCUCCCACCUUUCGCCACAGAAGUCAGGACAGAUACAGCCCCAUCUAUGCCAAAGACCACGAAGUGGAAAGAGAAAAUGGGGGACACUCAGCCCUCCCACCUCCUGCCUUUGCUCCAACCUCAAGCUCACCUACAGUACCCUCCUCCACUUCUAAGGAGGUGUUCAGGGUUGUUGAUGGGGAGGGGCGAGCGGUGCGUUCCUUUCGUUGCGAGCACUGCCGUGUGCUUUUCCUGGACCAUGUCAUGUUCACCAUUCACAUGGGCUGCCAUGGUUUUCGACAGCCUUUUGAGUGUAACAUCUGCGGCUACCGCAGCCAGGACCGAUACGAAUUUUCUUCACAUAUUGUCCGUGGAGAGCACAUCAAUGACUGA